UUGAAUGGCUACCAUUAAUGGCGACAUCCAGUCCUACUUGGUCAUCUUCUUCCUCUCCAUCAUCAUCUCACGCUUUCUCCUGCACUACUUCUUCAAAAAACCAAGCAAUUCAUCUCUCCACCUUCCUCCAAGCCCGCCCGCUCUUCCAUUUAUCGGCCAUCUCCAUCUCCUCAGCCUAUCGGUAUCGAAAUCAUUACACAAUCUCUCCACUAAUUACGGCUCCCUCCUCUAUCUCCGCCUCGGGUCACGCCCCGUCCUUGUCGUCUCUUCUCCGACAUACGUCGCAGAGAUCUACAAAACCAACGACAUCGCCUUCUCAGCGAAGCCAAAAACGCCUUUCGAGGACGGGAUGUUGUUUGGAAACACGGGUUUUAUCAUUUCUCCCUACGGUGAUUACUGGAGAUUCAUGAAGAAACUAUGCAUGACAGAAUUGUUAGGAUCCCGACAGCUCGAAAGAUCCCGAGGCGUUCGACGCGAAGAGGUUACGAGUUUGUUGAGCAACUUAUUGGAGAAAAGUGAGAGACAAGAAUGUGUUGAUUUGAUUGAAGAGUUACUGAAGUUAACAAAUAAUGUUAUAUGCAGAAUGGUGAUGAGCAAGAGAUGUUCAGAGGAAAAUGAUGAAGCUCAAAGGGUGAGAAAGUUGGUGGUAGAGUCGUUUGAUUUGGCUGCAAAAAUGGCUGUAGCAACUAUGCUUGGACCGUUAAAAGGGUUUGUUUUGUGGUGGAUUAGAAAAGAGUUAGAAGGGAUACCUAAAGAAUACAAUAACUUGUUUGAGAAGAUAUUGAAGGAACAUGAAGAAGUUAGGGUUAAGAGAAAUAAUAAUGGUGAUGAGAAAGAAGAUAGGGAUUUAAUGGAUAUAUUAUUGGAUAUAUAUUAUGACCAAAAUGCUGAGUUUAAGAUGAGCAGGAGCCAAAUGAAGGCCUUCAUUCUGGAUCUCUUUAUUGCAGGGACUGAUACAUCAGCAAACACCAUGCAAUGGAUAAUGGCAGAGCUAAUCAACAAUCCUCAUAUAUUCAAGAAAUUAAGACAAGAGAUAGACUCCGUUGUCCGAAUAGAUACACGAGUACAAGAAUCCGAUAUCUCAAAUCUCCAUUACCUUCAAGCCGUCGUCAAAGAAUCAAUGAGACUCCACCCAGUAGCACCUGCAAUUCCUAGAGAAUGCAGAGAAGACUGUACAGUCUCAGGAUUCGAUAUACCGAAAGGAACUGCAGUAAUAAUCAAUGCAUAUUCAAUUAUGCGCGAUCCGAAUUUAUGGGAAAAUCCUGAAGAGUUUAUACCAGAGAGAUUUCUGAAUGAACAAAAUAAUUUAGCAGAAACUAAAUUACAAGAUUUUAAUUUUCUUCCAUUUGGUGGAGGAAGAAGAAUUUGUCCUGGUUCAAACAUGGCUUUAAGUAUAAUCCACAUUACUAUAGCUUCGUUGGUUCAGAGCUUUGAUUGGAGGAUUGAUGGAGAUAAAGUGAACAUGGAAGCUAAAUCAGGAUUUGCUCUUGGCAUGCUUCAUCCACUUAUGUGUAUUCCUGUUGUUCGUUUUAAUCCUCUUUGA